AUAGCUUACAAAACCUGCAUGAACAAGACCCAACUGGAGGAGCUGAAAACAAGCUUACUUUUUGAAACGUUAUCGGAGCUUGGUUCCUGGCCACUUCUGCAGUCGAGUUGGCAACGGGAUACGUUCGAUCUGACAGAUCUGAUGGCGAUCGCAAGACGCGACUACGGUGCCGAGUCGUUCUUUCAGAUAUACAUCUAUGCAGAUGCAAAGAACACUUCAAGAAAUACUCUAUUCGUUGAUCAAGCUUCUCUAUCACUCGGCAGAGGAGCACGAGACUACUAUUUGAACAACACCAUGUUUGCGAACCAUAUGCAAGCAUACAGAAAGUAUUUCUUCGAGAUUGUGAAAAUCCUCCAAGAAGAUGCCAACGUCCCUCAUAACAAGACGUCGGUUGAAGCCAAUAUUGAUGCGGUGAUUGCUUUCGAGAAAAAGUUGGCUGAGAUUGUUGUUCCCGAAGACGAGCGUCGAAACAGCACAAGACUAUAUAACAAAAGAGUCAUGGCUGAUCUAAUUUUGCUUCCAAUCGAUUUUCAGGUCAACUGGGUAACAUACUUCCAACAAAUCGCUCCAUCAGAAAUGGUCGGAAUGUUCAACAAUGAGACUGAAAUCAUUGUGGCUGAGAUUGACUUUUUAAGGAAGGUAUCGGCCCUCAUCAAGGAUACUGAUAGCGAGACACUCGUGAAUUACAUCAUUUGGCGAGUGGUACAAGCAAGUGUACGAUUUCUCGACGAGCGAUUCGAGAACAUCAAACAGGACUUCUCCCGAGUGAUGACCGGUCAGCAGCAGAGAUCACCGAGAUGGAAAGAUUGCGCACAAGUGCCUAGCUCGGUAUUACCGUUGGCAGCAGGAGCAAUUUAUGUUCAGGCACAUUUUGACUCUGAAGAUAAACGAGAGGCUCUGGAAAUGAUCGGCAAACUGCGUGAAUCUUUUGCGGACUUGGUCAGGCACAAUGAUUGGAUGGAUGAGUCCACGAAGAAGACGGCUAUCGAAAAGGCGAAUUCUAUGAUUAACAACAUUGGCUACCCAAACAUCACCAACGACAUAUCAAAGCUUGACGAUCAGUACAAAGAGCUAGUUAUCCUCCCCGAAGACACCUACUACUCUUUGAUGAAAAAAGCUGUUGUUUGGAUGCAGAAGAAGGAAUUCCGAAAACUGUUGAAACCCUUCGAUCGUCAUGAAUUUGAUGUCUCUCCGGCUGUCGUCAACGCCUUCUAUUCUCCCGAGAAAAAUGCCAUAACAUUCCCUGCUGGAAUACUCCAACCGCCAUUCUUCAGUGGAUCGUACCCAAAAGCUGUGAACUACGGUGCUAUCGGGGCUGUCAUAGGACACGAAAUUACUCACGGAUUCGACGANUACUAUGACAAAGACGGAAAUUUACAUAAUUGGUGGAGUACGCGUUCUUUGGAGGCAUUCGAUGAAAGAAGACGGUGUAUUGUUGAACAGUACGGCAACUAUACUGUCCCGAAGACUACAUACAAGGUCAAUGGUAAAUUAACACAAGGAGAAAACAUAGCUGACAACGGAGGAGUUAAGGAAGCUCUUAUGGCUUACCAGAAGUAUGUGGCUACAGAAGGAGAAGAGGCGCGUCUGCCAGGGCUUCAGCACUACACCAACACACAGAUAUUCUUCCUCAGCUAUGCACACUUCUGGUGUGGACAAAAGAAAGAAGCGGCAGCUAUACAGCAGGUGACUACUGACGAGCACUCUCCUGAAAUAUUCCGAGUGAUAGGGGUCCUGUCAAAUCUUCGCGAAUUUGCUGAAGCAUUCUCCUGUCCCGCCCAUGCUGCCCUCAAUCCAAAACAUAGAUGUGUUGUAUGGUGA